AUGGAGCUUACAAAGAGCGCUUUCGCUGCGGCCAUAGAUAUGGAUUCUCCAAACUUCGUUCUGGCAGACCGGUACAGUACCUCGCAAGUGCUCAGGCGCUUAGCGGCCGAGCAGGACACCUCGAAUCAUUGGGGUGAUCAAGCCCUGCAUCCAUUUGUGCACGAAAGCACAGUCGUCUCCCUGACGACUCAGGAUGGUCGCGGAACCGAUGCAUUUUUCACUUCUGCCGACGGCAACCGCCGAUGGAGCAAUUCCGAGCAGGAAGUCUCUUCAAGUCCAGACCACGCUGCACCCAUGGAACAGGAGACAUGCUGUCCGAACAGCGCUAUGCCGCGCCAACUGGGCAUCAGUCAGAAGGCAGCUGCUCUGCUUACCGCAUCAUAUCCACAUGACCAAGAAGCCUCCACCCGUGUUCGCGCCGGCUCAUUUGGUGCCUUUCGGAGGCGAUUCAUGAGGCGAAACGCCUUGUUCGCUACACCGCUGCGAGGCCGAGGCCCGAUCGGUUUGCGCGGGGAAGUGUAUCCUCUCACUCAGAGAGCGCGUGCCGGCUCGAUGGGUCGGCCGCGGGGGCGUUCUCUACAAGUUUUGCUGUCGGGGCCACACGCAACCCUAGACUCUUUUGCACCCCGGGAUUCUAGAAGGACUCAAGACCAGCGAACUAUGCCACUCGAGCAAGUGGGACAGAUGCUGCAGACCAUGACUCUGUCUACUUUCCCCUCCAGCAGCAUUUCGCCUGGUGGCGUCUCCGCAAACGCAGGCCUACAGCAGACGAACGAGACUGCAAAUUUCAACUCAGGCGGCGCUGCAAUACCGCCAUUCACCCCUGAGUUCAAAAAAACGCAGAUUCGGUCUGCACCUUCUUUCCCACCGGUCGGAGAGUGGGCACCGGCAUUCACAGCAUCAUCAGAGCGCGUGACUUCCCCAAUAAUGCAUGAAAGACAUGACGAUAUUGUCCGCCGGAAGAAGUUGCUAUCAGGAGUGUCUCUACCUUCCUUGGAGCACGUCGCUCUCCGCGAUUCCCACGCACAUUUACUCUCCAUGCUUGGUGGAGGCGGAGAAGAAGUUAGUUUCCCCCCUGUCGGUUACUCAGUCUAA